AGGCAGCGUUAUCUUCACUGUUCACGCUUCAACUUUACUUAAUCCCUUAAACUAUCUGGCAUUGUGGAUACUUAUAUAGGUCGAUAUGGUUAAAAAAAAAUAAUGGGUUAACGAUUUGCAAAUCCUGUGGAAUAAAGUCGGAUUUGUGCACAGUGUCAGGACAAGAGCUGCCUGGGAGUCUGAGCGCAGGGCGCGGCAACAGCACUAACUACACAGAUGAAGUAACUAGCUACGGACUGUGGCCGUGACGCUAUUUAACGGGAGGCAGGUAGCACAGGAGUGACAGCAGCGGACCAUCCCGCGGUGACAGAGAUGAGCCAUACUACUCCAGAAACAGUCGGUCUCGACCCUGCCGUGCUGAGAGACGAACUCUUUGAGCUAUGGAACCGGAAAGAUCUACAGACGCUACGUUGGGCGGCCCUCCAUGGAUUUUCAAAGCUGUCUGAGCCUCUGGAGGGCUUGGUAACAAUCCUGGAGGGCUGUCCAGGCAAACAGAAGGGUCGGAGCCACACCCUCGGCCAUCACAUCCUCAAUGAAUUUCAAUCAUGGAUGACGGAACAUCCACAGGUAACCCUGAGCUCACUCUCAGAGCAGCAAGCAGUCACGGUGCAGCGCCGGGCUCUAAGCCUACUAGCCGAUACCCAUCCCAGCUUUGUAGACGGGCUAAUAAACAUCUACAGACUGAAUACCCUGGAUCCGGCCAUACUCAGACUGAAUGUUGUGAGCUUGCAGGCUCUUAACUGCUACAAAGAGGCAGCAGUGCUCAGCAUAAAGCUGCAGUUACAGAAAGAACUCAAUAUGGAGGAGAUGUGCAUACCGCUAAUCUUGCAGAACAAGUUGCCAAUGGCAGAGUCCUAUGUCAUGGGCCACAAUCAUCUAGAACAACAACUGGUCACACUGCUAGACUCGUGGUGCCACCCCAACUUCAUUGUGGAGGAUAUCUGCAAACAGUUCCCUCGCCUCUCUCUGUCCAAACAGAGCAUGAGCCAAUUCCAGGCUAAAAUGCUCACCAAACAAGUCUUCCGGCUGAUGGAGAAAUUCAACAUUGACCAAGGACUAUGUCCCAAUGCUCUGCACAAGAGGAGACUGGACUCUUUGCGUUUCCUCAUGUACAAGAGGUUUAUGGAGAAAAGCAUGACAGAGGAGAAUUGGAGUGACCAUGUAGAGUACGUCGUGGCAGAUGACCUCGAGCUGCAGAUCCACUUGGUGGAGAUGUUGGUGAAGUAUUCUGAUUUUCAGAAAGCCUCUCAGUGGUCACUGAGAUACAACAUCCCAAGGAACCGACUUCCCUAUGGGGUAUGGGAAACGCAGCAGAGUCUACCGCCUGAUCUACAACAGAUACGUCUGAGUGGUUCAGCACAAACCGAGGAUUGGAAGCCAUCUCAGUCUCACUGUCAGAGGUUCUACCAGGUGCCCAUCACCAAAGACAAGGUUCAUUUUGUGGACACGUUGGAAGCUCUCCAGAGAUGUCGAAACAUUGUGCUGAAGGAAGGUGCUAUAGUUGGAGUCGACAUGGAGUGGCAGCCCACAUUUGGCUGUAUCUCAAUCCAGAAAGUUGCUCUGAUACAACUUGCAGUUUUUGACGAAGUUUUCUUAUUAGACAUCUGUGAAAACAGAUUCUGCCAACACCCAGAUACUAUUAGCUUCAUCAGAAGCUUGUUCUCUGGGAAAAAUGUUCUUAAACUGGGGUACGGUAUGUCAGGGGAUCUCAAGUGCCUCUUGGCCACCUGGCACCAGUUUUUAGAGGAGCCAUUGAAGAUGGAUGGGGUGCUUGAUCUUCUUAAUAUACACCAGAAGAUCCAGCGUAGUAAGGUCAAGAGGACUCAAAAUAGACCUAAAGGGGUGCUGGUAGGCGAGGACUCUGCAGAGAAAGGCCUCAGUCUGCUGGUACAACAGGUCCUGGGAAGGCCCCUGGACAAGACAGAGCAGAUGUCCAACUGGGAGAAACGGCCACUGCGCAUCAGCCAAAUUAGAUAUGCAGUGGCAGAUGCCUAUUGUUUGCUGGAUGUGUACUCUGUCCUCUCCAGCAACCCGGCAUACUUUGGGCUACCAGCUGACUUGCGCAGCAUCUCUUCAGGCCAAUCAGAGAAGAGCGGAGACAAGAAACACAAAGAGAAACAGACCCAUGGCAGAGAGGAAUGUCAGGGGGCUCAAAGGGUCAGUCCCCCACGCUCUGACACAGAGAAAGGCCUCCUGUGUGGCGAGAAGCCUUCAGAAGAAACCCCCCCUCUGGCCCCGCAGCAGUUGCGGGUGGUGUGUGACAACAUGCUGCAGGGACUCGGGAGGUACCUGCGCUGUUUAGGAGUCGAUGUGGUCAUGCUGGAGAACACUGAUGAUCACAGAUUAGCUGCAAAGUUAGCACAAGCUGAAGGCCGUGUCAUACUCACCUGUGGACAACCGUUCCAAAGUCUACGCUCCCAGGUAGGAGAAGGUCGUUGCUUAUCCCUUGACUGCUCAGAGAAGGCCAAAGACCAGGCUGUUCGAGUCCUCAGACACUUCAAUGUCCAGCCCACUCCGAGUGACAUAUUCAGUCGCUGCCAGGCGUGUAACAGCGAUCAGUACGUGGCGGUGCCCAGAAAGGACAUGACCAAGAUGCUUAAACAGAAAGGGUUUUUGCAGGACCAGGACAGCACUGACCACACACAACAACAGGAUGAAGAGAUGACCCCCAGUGUGACCCCCGACCUCCCCAGGUAUUCCCUUCAGUGUCAAUGGGCCCCCUUUUCAGAUCUGGACCCCGACACCCUCACCUUUCCCGGGGGGGUAGCCAUGCAGCUCCACACCGUGCCCCCUGCCCUCCUGCCAAGGAUACCGCUCUUCUAUGUCUGCACCAGAUGUGGCAAGGUGUUCUGGGAAGGCUCUCACUUCGGCCGUGUCCUCUCCAUGUUCCAGGAGGUCUUGCACAUUACAGACUCUGAAUCAGCUGCAGCAGCCGUUACAGCAGCUCAGCAGAACUGACUGACACACAGCUAGCAGUUUAUCUAAAAAACACUGAGCUGUCAUCAAAUACAAGUAAAUUGCCUCAUUUUUAAUAUUACUUUGAUUUUAAUUUUUUAAUACAGUGGAUGAACAUUUUAUUUUCACAUCUUUGAAAGUUCUUUUCAGAUGUUUAUCAUUUCAACGGUUUUAGAGUUCUUAGUUAUUUAAAGUCACGUUCAGGAUUGUCAAGAACCAAAGAAAAUUGUUCAUUUUUGUUGUUGAUUUAACUUACUGUUAUACCAUGGCACAUUCAUGGUGAUUUAUGGUUCAGAUCCGAUUGAGAUCAUUUGAAUUGCAAUACAUUUAUUCCUCAAGAACACUUAGCAGGGAUUCGCAUCACCAUCCUAGGAAGCGCAUGAAGUCGGUGUGUGCGUCAGCGUUAAGUUUGUUCCAGUUAAUACUUUCUGUGAUCACAUUUUUUUGUGACAACUUUUUUUUUUAAUGAUUGAUUUAAAACACCUCAGAUCCUUAUGUGAUUAUUUUAUUCUCUGUGAUAGUAUUUGUGAUAGUAAUUAUUUAGCUGGAAGCUGAAUAAAAAUGAAUGGAAAAUCUUUAAGAUGUCCCGUUGAAAGCAUCAUUUUGUGAAUUAAGUCUGCUGCGAACAAAAAGAACCAAUAUAACCAUGAUAAUAAAAACAUUCAGAAUUUAAAUCAUAACAUGUUUACUGAGGUAAUAGCAGCCGGUGUCAAGCUGGACCACAGCAGCAGACACAAUCACAAUCCACGGGAACCAGCGAGACGAGAAAGUAAAACUCACAGAGAAGACGCCAAGUCAGUAAUGCACAUUUACCAGAAGGGCGACAUCACUGACAUCAAGGUAAAACACAGAAUAUGUGAUGUAGUAUGAAAACCUACUGGUAAAUGUUUUGUUUUUUUGCACUACUCAAAAUCUAAUUUAAUAUUUCUAGUAUUUUUUUUUUGUCUUUUGCUUAGAGUGUCCUAUAUAUCUAAAGUCAUCAACCAAAACUUUGUGAGAGGCUGGAGUGAAAACCUAAAUACCUAAAGUACCAGUAAACAGAAAGGAUUUAAGAGAGGUGGCAGUCAUUUUCUGAACGGGACAAUUGUUUGUAAAUUAGAUAGUUUUACUUAAAUGGAACUUCUUACAUUUAAGAAAUUCGAGCAAUUCUGUGCAACUAUGAGUCAAUUAUCUAUUUGUAUUUCAGUAUGAAGCGGAGCUGCUUAUUCCUGUCAGAUUUGACACAAUGGAAGAAAAUAAAAAAUAAAGCUGA